AAUUGUAAAAUUAGAAAUUAAGAAAAUUGCAGGAGGUAGAUUUUAAAAAUAAAUUACUAAUUUAGAAUUACCUAAUCUUUUAGAUUUAACAUAUGCGCGACUACAGCGCCCCUACAGUACAUAUUAAAUGAAUUGUUUUGCUAUCUGUAGACCUCUAUAUUGACAAGGUACAAAAGAUCUACGAAAGUCAAGAACGUCGAGAGCUACGUAAUUUGUACUCUGUGCAAUUAGAUCUAUGGAUGGAUCUUUCUCUUUUUAGUCAACGAACGCUCUUGCUUUGUGAGAUUUUGUGAUUUUUUAUUGCUAAUCACUAAUUCGUAAUCCAUCUGAUCAGUUUGUACAUAAAGUGCCCACUCGUAUGCGUAGUAAAUGUUGUCGUUUACGGCUGUUACAAUGGACUCUACUACAUUAACCAUUAUGCUAGCUAUACGCGGGGCGACAUCGCAAGCGCUGACUGCUUUCCGACUUCGAUGACUAUAAGUGACAGCGGGAACAAUGAUCGCGAAUUUACCGCUUCUUUUCGCCAACGGCAAUCCAACAGCCCUGACCAAGAUCACCGCUAAAGAGCUUGAGAAAUUUAUAACAUUCAUGGUCACUUGUUCCUGGGGCCACGACACUGCCAAAGACAUUCGUCAGCCGCCUUGGUGGCCUAAAGACGUCAAAUUCGCGUAUCCCUUCGUCAGACCAUAUGAGGUGCCAAGAGACUGGGAGGCGCGACUGAAGAAUUUAGUGAAAAGAUGCUAUGAUUACCACAAGAGCGCGUUCCUGCUGGUGUUCUCUGCUCAGCUAUCAAGAUAUCCGCGCAAGAGGCUCAGGUAUGUCGACAACCGUGAUCACACCACGUCUCUCUAUUAUAGGCCAAGUGGUCGACUUUUAGUAACAUUUAGAAAUGAGAAUAUAUUCUAUGAUAAACAUGCACCAAUAGAACUAGACAAACCUCAGCUUCAAUCUACAGACAUAUAUUUAUGUGACAACUGUGACAGUCAUUUUGAUAAUUUAGAUUUAUUAAGAGCACAUGAAAGGCUGUGUAACAAUGAAGUUAUAUCUUCGAGUUCAUGUAAUGGUGGUAUGUCAGAGUUUCUGUCUGCUCUUAAGUUGCAGCCGGUCGGUCAAAGUGUUGAAGAUGUACAUAUUAAGGCAAAUGUAAAUGAUUCAAGACCAAGGAAUGGCAGGAGCACAUCGCACAUUGACAGAGGGCCACCAUAUCCCUUUUCAUCAUUAGCAUACAUGCGUAAUGUAAAAUCCAACUCUCAGAGAGACUUGACCUAUUCUCGUGAUAGAAUAGAACGGUAUUGCUGUACUUCAACAACAAUUAGUAAAAAUGUAGGUAGCAAAGGUAAAAGUCACCACUAUCCGAUCCGGUACAGGCGACCGAUAGAUUACUGGCAACGUAAGUAUAUUUUUCCAAAUCAAAGAAAUAAAAAAAUACUGGACUUAAAAGCUCAACUGCUCCUGCUCAAAUGCAGACCAGUCACUGUCAGAAUAGAGAGGAUGUCUAAAAAGGAAAUUAAUGAGUACAUAGAAAACUUAAAGCGUGAGGCUGAGGCCCGGUAUGCCCAGGACAAGGAUAUAAUAUUUGUAGACCGGCUCGAAUGUGACCAGUCCACAGACAUUGACAUGAAAUCGAUGGAUCCGCUGAAACGUUCUGAUGGCGACUACGAAGUAAUAGAUCUGUGCUCGGAUGACGAGAGUUCUGUAGUGAACGAGAAUUGUGACCCGCGUGCCGUCGCGCCAAGCGUGGCGGGGGUGGCGGGCGUGGCGAGCGUGACGACCGUGACGGGCGUGACGAGCGUGGCGCGCGUGGCGGGGCUGGCGGGCGUGGCGUGCGUGAUGCGCGGCGGCGCGGUGCUGCGGCGCACGGCGGCCACGCCGCUGGCCACGGCGCAGCCCGCGGCGCCGUGCGGCGCGCGCCAGCGCCCGUUGCCGGCCGCCGUGCUGCAGCCGCACCCCGCGCCGCGCCCCCACCCGCAUCCUGUUAUUCUCAUAGCGCACACGCUCAACAAUUUACAGACUAUUUCCUUAGAUUGAUUUAAUGUAUCGGCAUAACCUUAGUGAGUUACGAAUUAUUUAUUAUCCUUCACGAAUAAAAAAAAUUAAUGUUCA